GCAGCAGCGGCAGUAGUGUAGUAGUAAUCUGCGUGCCGCGUACUCGGCUCGCAUUUUGUGUCACCGUGCCACCAGAAGAGGGGCGACAGACUGCUGCGCGUCAAGGGGAUACCAGUCAUCAUCCACACGGUUCAAGCUACAUCCCGUUGGGGGCAAUGACAUUGGCAGCCUGACGUGGGAAUUAACGAGAAAACGCAAAAAUGACUGUGGACUUUGAAGAAUGUAUAAAAGAUUCGCCCCGAUUCAGGGCUGGAAUUGAUGAUGUGGAGACAGAUGUGGUAGAAAUUGAAGCAAAGCUCGAUAAGUUGGUGAAGCUAUGCAGCGGGAUGAUCGAGGCCGGCAGGGCCUAUGUCAGCGCUAACAAGCUCUUUGUUAACGGCAUCAGAGACCUGUCCCAGCAGUGCAAGAAAGAGGAGAUGAUAUCGGAAUGCCUUGAAAAGUGUGGCGAAAGCCUCCAAGAAAUGGUCAAUUACCACACGAUUUUGUUUGACCAGGCUCAGAGGUCCAUCAAACAGCAGCUUCACACCUUCAUUAAAGAGGAUAUACGGAAGUUCAAGGAUACCAAGAAGCAGUUUGAUCGAGUGCGUGAGGACAUGGAGCUGGCGCAGGUGAAGAACGCGCAGGCACCCAGGAACAAGGUGCAUGAGGCGGAGGAGGCGACGCAGGCUCUCAUCCUCAGCCGCAAAGCUUUUCGGCACCUGGCCCUGGACUAUGUGCUACAGAUUAAUGUGCUUCAAGCCAAGAAGAAGUUUGAAAUCCUGGAUGCAAUGCUGUCAUUCAUGCGAGCCCAGUAUACUUUGUUCCAACAAGGCUUUAACAUCUUGGAUGAGAUUGACCCCUAUAUGAAAAAACUGGCUGCACAGCUAGAUCAGCUGGUCAUUGACUCGGCUGUGGAGAAGAGGGAGCUGGAGCACAAACACGCCCUCAUCCAGCAGAGAACUCUGAUGCAGGAUUUUUCCUAUGAUGACCCUAAGCUGGAAUUCAAUGUGGAUGCACCCAAUGGUGUGGUUAUGGAGGGCUACCUCUUUAAGAGGGCCAGCAAUGCAUUCAAGACCUGGAAUAGGCGGUGGUUUUCUAUACAAAACAGCCAGCUGGUCUACCAAAAGAAACUCAAGGAUUCUUUGACAGUGGUUGUUGAGGAUUUGAGGUUGUGCUCAGUCAAACCAUGUGAAGAUAAUGAGAGGCGGUUCUGCUUUGAGGUGGUUUCACCCACUAAGAGCUGCAUGCUGCAGGCUGAGUCUGAGAAGCUGAGGCAGGCAUGGAUCCAGGCUGUCCAGGCAAGCAUCGCUUCUGCUUACAAGGACAUCACCGACAAUUAUUACAUCGAGCGAUUGGACCGGACUGCCUCACCCUCCACCAGCAGCAUUGACUCUGCCAGUGAACCCAGAGAGAGAGGAGAGAGGGCUGAUAAGGGAGUUCGGGGAGGAGGAGAAAGCCUCCUCCAGCGGGUGCAGAGCCUGCCAGGCAAUGAGCUGUGCAGUGACUGUGGCCAAACGGCUCCCUGCUGGGCUUCUAUCAACCUGGGAGUGCUGCUCUGCAUUGAGUGCUCAGGGAUCCACAGGAGUUUAGGGGUCCAUUUCUCUAAAGUGCGUUCACUGACGUUAGACUCGUGGGAGCCAGAAUUACUUAAGCUGAUGUGUGAAUUGGGGAAUACUGUGAUCAACCAGAUUUAUGAGGGAUCCUGUGAAGAACUCGGAGCAAAAAAACCAGGCCCCUCCAGUUCAAGACAGGAGAAAGAGGCCUGGAUCAAAUCUAAAUACGUGGAGAAACGCUUCCUGAAGAAGAUGAGUGGCAGCGAAGCGCUCGUGCAAGGUGAAAGGAAGUCCCGCCCUUGGACAGUGAAGAAAUGCCAGCGACACAACAGCUCUGUUCGGGCACCCAACAAGGCUCGUAGGAAAUAUCACCGAUAUGAACCUGGCAGCGCCUCGCCGGCAAACCUCUCAGCAGCAGCUGCAGCAAAGUUUCGCCGGGACUCGCUGUUCUGUCCAGAUGAGUUGGACUCAUUAUUUUCCUACUUUGACACUGGCUCUGGUCCUCGCAGUCUCAGUAGCGACAGCGGCCUGGGAGGAAGUACUGACGGGAGCACAGACGUCCUGGCCUUUGGCUCAGUGGUGGACAGUGUAACAGAGGAAGAAGAGGAGUCAGAGGAGUCCUCCAGUGGUGAGGUGGAAAUUGAACAGGAAGUAUCCUCAGACCCUGAAGACCCAAGAGAACUCCACCCUGGCGCGCUCCUAUACCGAUCCUCCCGACUCCACAACUUGCCGCUCAUGGCGGAGGCUUUGGCACACGGUGCUGACGUACACGCCGCUUGCGAGGAAGAGGAGGGAAAAACGCCACUCAUUCAGGCUGUGAUAGGGGGCUCCUUGAUAGCUUGUGAGUUCUUGCUACAGAAUGGGGCCGAUGUGAACCAGAGGGACAUGAGAGGCAGAGGCCCACUGCACCAUGCAACCGACCUGGGGCACACUGGCCAGGUGUGUCUGUUCCUGAAAAGAGGAGCAUCACAAACAGAGGUGGAUGAACAGGGCCAUGAUCCUUUAAGCAUCGCUGUCCAGGCUGCCAAUGCAGACAUCGUCACCCUGUUGCGUCUAGCUCGGAUGAAUGAAGAGAUGCGAGAGGCAGAGGCGGCUCCGCUGGGUCAACCAGGUCAAUACCCCACAAGCAGUCCCACUGAGCAGCAGUAUAGGAAGUGCAUCCAGGAAUUCAUCUGUCUCAACAUAGACGAAUGCUAGUGGUCACUUCUGUACCGUGGAGCAAAGCCUGUGCUCUAUUUAUAAAUCUUCCUCCUGACUGAGAAAAUAACAUAUUCAUGUAAAAGCUGCCCCUACACCCUGAUCACAAGUCUGUUACUUCCCCUAGAUCUAAGCCUGCAGGCAACUUCUGAUAAGCUGGGUGUCUGAAUACAGAGUGACUAUUGGAUGCUUCGAGUCAUAGGGAGCAUCCCCGUGAUGGACCUUUCUAACUCUACUGACUAUCCAGUCACCUUCACCAUCUUCCUGCUUCGCCACUAUGUUUCUGCUUACCAUUACUUGGCACUACCAAUCCUAGCUACACAACACAGCCAGUAAAAUGACAUCAGCUUUCUUGGUGUUUCGCUAACAGGGUUAUGCUCUAACUUCAUUACAUGGUGUGACCUCCUGUAUGAGGGUGUGGGUGUUUUUAUUUUUGUUGCCUAACAGCUCUUACCUCAGAAGAAUCUCGCUGCAUUAAUCCUGUACACUUUAUAUCUAUCCAGACCAUCUGUGUGACAUCCAAUGUACCCAUCUCUCCUUCAUCAGAGAUGUAAAUAUGCAUAUUUAGAAGUUUAGAAACUGUGUACUGUGGCAUGAGGUAAAACAAUAUGGUAUUUGUUCCAGUAACUUAAAAGAAAAAGAGUAACUGACAAGCUGCAGUAGAGGUGGGCAGGAUAGUUUUACUGUGUAUAAAAAGGGGGGUCGGGAAGGAAGAAGUGAAACUGUGACAAAAAUGUUGAAGGGCUUGUGGGGAAGAGACCCUCGCCUGCUUUGUAAGAUACUUUGUGUCGUCAUGAGUGAGUGAGUGAACAGGAGAGUGCAUGUGUUAAAGAAUACUGAGAGACAGUUAAAUAAUAUGUAAAGGAAAAAAAAGACUCUGCACUUUUCCCAUAUACAGAAUUAUCAUUUAGCUUUUACAUUGUUCUUGUCUAGUCAAGUUGUUGUCGAUUUAUUGUCUAUUUUAAUGAUGUCUUUUUUAUUUAUCUUUCCAGAGGACCAGUGCAAUGCAUUAUUGAAUGCAGUUUUAUAUCAGCAUUUCUGUUAAUGAUUGUCAUUUCAAUCUAAAAUCCUUAUUCAGAAUUUAUGAUGGAGGUCUUUAGAUAUAUUUUACAUUAACAGCAGUCAGAAAACUUUCAAAUGGCCUUAGAUUACAGAGUACUUUUGUCUUGGCAGUAAAACGUGCCACUUCUCAUUAGGUUAUGCAAACACAUCAAUGGAACUUC